AUGGAGACAGACAAGAAAUACGCUCCUCCUCGUCUGUUGCCCCCGAUUGAUGCGUCCUACCAACCACCCCGGGCCAUUACGAAGAUUCCAGCAACUUCUUCUCUGGACGAGAUUCUCGCACUUAUUGAGCGUGAUGGCUGUGUUAUAUUGACCGAUUUUGUCCCGCUGAAUACCCUGGACAAAAUUGACGAGGAGCUUGAGCCCUACACCAAGCCUAUAGCCAAUUCAGAUUCCUAUGACAACUUCAUUGGAAAAAAGACUAGGGUUGUUCCUGGUUUGGUUGGGAAGUCGGACACCCUAGCCAACAUCCUCGAUACCAAUGAGACUAUUGAGAAACUCCUCAAAAUAAUUUUGGAGGAGAGGUACUAUGCCACUUAUGAAGAACAUACCGAAGAGCUUGUCGUUGACCCGUUACUGAGUAUUGGAAUGGGUUUCUUUGUCGGUCACGGGUCUCCUCGUCAAGCUCUACACAAGGAUGACAUGAUUUUCUCCAGCAAGCACCGCCCCGAUAUGAAGAUUAAUGAAGUAGACGGCUUCAGCUGCUUUAUCGCUGGAAGCAGAAUCACGCGAGAAAAUGGCGGUACUAUGGUUAUUCCCGGUUCUCACAAGUGGGGACAUGAUAGACGUGGCAGAUCUGAUGAAGUUUCCUUUCUUGAGAUGGAGCGAGGCUCCGCUUUCAUUUUCCUCAGCAACCUGUUUCACGGCGCGGGACACAAUACUAUGCCUGGCGAGGUUCGUAAAAUCCUGAAUUUUGCCUUUUGUCGAGGAACCCUGCGUACGGAGGAGAAUCAGUUCUUAUCCAUUCCUCGAAGUAAGGUCCUAAAGAUGAGCCCUAAGCUACAAACUCUGCUUGGAUUCAAAAAACCAGCUGGCACUUGGCUAGGACUCGUUGAGAACGAAGACCCUGCGAAAGAUCUUGCUGCUAUUUACGAGAAUGUCUAUCAUAACUAG